AUAUCAUCUUGUGCCCUUUUUUGGGCAUCGGAUCACUCGCAGAAGAAAAGCAACCCGCAAUGAUGGCAGACGACGACGACGACGAUUCUUUCGGUGAAUUCACAUUCGCCUCUAACCGGACGAUGGAUAAUUCAUCCUUUCACGAUUGGGGGGAUUUCAAUUUUAUUCAAAACACUACAGAUCACAACCUUAAAUCUCCACAGCCACAGCCACAGCCACAGACACAGACACAGCCAAAGUGGGUGAAGAUCAAAGGAGCUUUGCCGCUAUCUGUAUUUGGAGAUGAGGAGGAGGAGGAGGAGGAUAAGGAUGAGAAAUCGAUUAUGCCUGUGGCUGGAGAUGAUGUUAAGCAAUCGUCUUUUCAUGUAAAUAGUGGUUUUGUAUUCGAUAAGAAUAAUAAUAAUGAUAAGAGUAAUGCUCAUCUGGGGAUCAAUGACCUGAUGGCGAUUCUUUACGGUCCGAGGCAACAGCAGCUGACCAUGAAGGCGGCUGAUAAUGGCAAUGAAGUGGACUUCACUGCCACGAAUUCAACUGUAUCUAAGGAUCCCCUUUCAAAAUGGGACUCAAUGAGCUCUUUUAGCUCAAAUACAGUUGCUGCUUCUGGGAAUCAUGGAUCUGAUGAUGAAGGCGGCUGGGAAUUUAUAGACGCCUUCUCAGAUUCGAAAUUAGCGCAAAAUGGCAAGGAUAACAAUGUACUUUCCGAGAAGACUGUGUUUCCAGUGGGUGUACAAGAUGUUUCGCAUGGGCCUAUUGAUCUAUUUGCAGCACCAAAGAACAGAGUUUUUGCUGAAUCUGAUGUAACCGACAAUGGGUUUGAUUCCAAGCCAACCACAAACGUUCAAAAUGGCUCUACGGCAGACUUAAAAGCUGCUUCCAGAAGUACCCCAAAUGAGUUAAGUUCAAAUUCACUUCGUUGGAGUGUUGAUACUGAUGAUGCUUUUGGAGAGUUUGAGACUGCAUUUAUGGAUCAGCCAUCAAAGAAGAAGGAAUUAUCUCCGGAAAGUAACUACCCAUUGGGUUCACAUGAUGCUUCCCAAGGAUCGGUUGAUCUAUUUUCAUUACCAAAUGGACUUCCUGGAUCACACUAUGAGAACAACGGAGUUGACUUCAAGCAAAACUCAGUUCUUCAAAAUGGUGUUGCCUCAGAUUCUUUCUUUCAAACUGAGUGGAAGGAUGCUAAAGAUGACUCAGAUUCACAACCUCCUGGUGGGGAUGUUGAUGAUGAAAAUUUUGGAAAAUUUGAGACAACAUUUCCAGAAGCUGAAUCAAAGCCAGAGGGGUCUGAGGCAAGUUCAAAGAAUUAUAGAGAAUCAGUGCCACUUUCCAUUUUUGGCAUUGAAGAGGAGCCCCAAACUGAUAGUUAUAUGAAUCUUCAGCAUGAAUUCUUUAAAUCAUCAACCCAUGGGAAAAAUAUGCAGAAUCAGAGUUCAAGUUUAUCAAUCAAUGAUAUUUUAUCAGAUUUAUACAGCCAAGCAAAGCCAAUCAGUUCUCCAUACCUUGGGCAUAACCCAGACGGAGAGGUAAAUUUACUGCAUUCUACUGGCAAGGAAUACAGUUCUCGUGAAGUGGAUGAUGAUGAUAAUUUUGACGAUGAGGAUAAUUUCGAUGAUGGUUCAUGGGAAUUCAAGGAUGCUUCCUCUCAAUCAAGACCUGAAAAUCAGAAUUUGUCUCUUAAAAAGAGACUGAACAAUUGCAUGGAUUUCUAUUCUAGUUUGAAAGAUGAGUUAUGUCUUGUUGCAAGGCGCCACCUUCACGUUCUAAAGAAAGCUCAAAGUACCGCUACUCUCGCUGGUGAAGAGAUGAAAGUGGAAGCCCUCAACAAAGAAAUUCAGGAGGUCUUUGAAGAGCUUCACCAAAAGGAUAUCUUAUCCACAGAAAUCCAUUCUGAUGAUCAUUUGGAACCAGUUAUUUCUCUUAAGCAAUAUAUUGAAACUCUCCAUGAGCCAGAUUUUCAAAUACUUGAGUCAGAAUAUCACAUAUCAAGAAGAUUGUCAUUAGCAGAAUCAGAUUUGCGAACAGCCGUUGACCUUAUCAACCACUUCACAACAGUGCUAAAGAUACUAACACUAGCUCCAAAGGAUGAACCAGCUAAUUAUGUCUCCAUAUGGUUUAAGGUGAUUUCAGCCUGUUCUCAAGAGCUGAAACAUGGCACCUGGAUUUGGAAGCAAUCAUUAGAAAAGAAUGUCCAUCGUGAAAUACUCUCUGAACGUCAAGGUAAACAGUUCAUUAUUGCCCUUGGAGAGAUUUAUAGAGUCGUUGUGAUUGUGGGAGCAGCAGUCAAAUUUUACAAGCCCUGGUUACUGUUAAGUGGUGAAGAUUUAGAGGGAGUUUAUGGCCUUCUAGAAGAAUGUGACUCCCACUGGUCAACUUCAGGACUGGAGGAGGCUAUCCCUGUCGAGUCUUUAUUGGAGUCCAUCAGGCAUAUUCAUGAUCUUGAUGAACUUGCAAUUGCAAAUGAGGUUCUUAAUCAAGAGGAAUCUCGAUGUUGGCUAUCACUUUUAUCACCAGGAGUGGUGCCAGAAAUGAAGAUGGUGGUAUGGAACGGAGAUAAGUAUUUCGUCACCCUUGCAAAUUUAUGGGCAAAUUUGAUCAGCCCGGAUCCCCCAACGUUGUCUAUUCACGUUGGCUGACAUACAAAAAUCAUAUGACCAACAAACAAAUCUUUCACAGAUUGCUUUUCUUUCUAUAUCUUACGAAAGAAGCCACUCGUCACUUCUGAAUGCCCUUCUGAUGACUGAAAUCGCGUCAAGUGCCCUGCAAUUUUGCAGGAAACUUAAACAUAAAUGGCAUUCAGUAGCCUUCUUCCAACAUGAGCAAAGAUAUGUAGAUGUUGCAUGUUAUGUAAGGGUAAAUAGAUCAGCCAUUGUUUGAUGGUUUUGCAGCUUCUUGUGGACAGUAAUUUAUAGUUCCAUGAAGAAUUACGAUAUUUACUAUUUGGCGUGUCAUUUUAGGAGCUGUUUUGUUCGUUUAUAUCGGGUUUUUUUUGUUUUUGGAAACAUUUUAUUAAAAAAAUGCAAAAAUAAAAGCUUUAAUUUGCUCCUAAAAUUGCAUGUCAAAAGUGAUGGUUGUAAUGUUUAGGAGGGGGUUGAGGGAAUUGAAGAUGUAAUGUAAGUAUAGACAAAAAAUGGUAUUAUUUUGGAAUAUUGUUUGCAAUUAUUUGGUUUUCAUUGUUUUAGCUAUUGUUUCAUAAUAAAAGUUGAGAGUAAAUUACA